CUCUUGGAAAAAAUACCAAAAUCUCCUGAGAUUAGUUUUGAUCAGCUGUUUGAGACCACAGGGURUAACACAACCAUUGUGGAGAGUGGGAGACCUUCACACCAGAGGAACCAUCAAAGUAACGCCCUGCAAAACUGGGACAAACAUGUGCGCUAUCACAGACAGAAGCAGGCUGAGUUAUCUCACUUGCUCAACAGGCCGGUGGARUCCUUACUGAUGAAUCAAGCCAGCAAUUUUAGCGAAACUCCGGAGCAAAAGGAUCACCGUGUGGGAUGUGAGUUUUGGAGUCUCCCGCAGCGUUAUGGAGAUGAACUGAGUGGUAUUACAUCCACUCUGACUCAGACUGAGCGAGGCCAAAAAAAACCUGUGACACAUGCAGGAAAGCCGAGCAGCAUACAGAAGGAACUGGGACUCAUCUCUUCUGAUCCUGAACAUCGUAGUGUUCACCCUCAACACCAGUGCCAGGAGGUCAAAGAGCAGCUCCACAAGAUGAACUUCAACAAGCCGGAUAUCAGCAAACUGGAGGUGAUUGGUUCUGGGAAGCCAUUCACUUCCACAGCAGUGGGUCCCUUAUUGGAGAAGGAGGAAGAAGAGAAGGAAGACAAGGAGAUUAUAAAGGAGCACUUAAACCCACAGGCAGAGCAGGAAGUUCAGGUGAAGGCUCUGUCUGUUCCUGCUUUGAGAAUUCAAGGUAAACUUGCAACCUGGACUGGAAACUCUACUGCCAGAAAGGAAGAAGUAGGAAUCAGCACCUCAUUUUGCUUUGAGGCCCAGACUGAUACGGUCCUCAGCUCUGACGUGGAGCUGUACAACGAGGGCAACACAGCCAUCUUUUACAACUGGGAGAAGCAGGUYGUGCCUCCAUCGAGCUUCGAACACCUGAUAAAACAACAACUCCACACGCCCUUCCACUUCAACUUUUCCUCUGGUGUGGUCCGCCCCGGCAACACCCAGCGGGUGGAGUGCAUAUAUAMAGCAGCAGAACAAGGUUAUCACACUGAGCUUUGGCAACUCAACACCCAUCCUGUGCUGAUGGAAGGAGCCUCCAUUCAGGUCUGGUUCACUGGAGUGGCCUUUUUCCCAGACAAAAACAAAGAAGCGAGGCUCUUCUUAGAGCAACAGCUAGAAAGGAAAGUUGCAGUAAGCAUGUGUCAAUCAAUUGUGGAUGAGAUACUGGAUGGCGUCCGUACCCCUGAGAGAGCCAGCUCUCCUCCAGAGCUUUACAUCACUGAAAAGCAGCAGUUCACCAACAAAAACCCAAAGUUGCGGUACCGUUWCCAGCCAGUGGAGGACCUCAAGAGUCUUUGGCAAAAAGUGAACCCAGAAGGAAUCUGGGAUUUCUCUAUUGACACUCUUCACCAGGCUGUGAUGUCUUAUGAGGAGCCCCCUUCAGCCCCCCUGACCAAAGAAGAGGCCCUAGCUGAGCUCAACUCUCUGUAUCUGCACCUCUGUCAGCCAUCAGAUGACAUCAAAUUACCACYAAAACUAAAAGCUGCCUUUAUAGAGAAGAAACUGACACAGGAAAAAGUAGCUAAUGAGGCCAUUAGACUCCGUAAAGUGUUCGGCAUUCCAGAGGUGGAAAUGAGUGUUGAUGGAAAACAGAAAGCUGUCAUCGCUGACGCUGAGUCGCAUCAUACACACAACGAUGGUAAUCUCAAGAAGAAGGCAGUGGCAGCUGCUAAAGAGAAAAAUAAAGGGAUGACAGUGAAAUUUAAAGAUGACACCAAAGGACAGACCAAAAACCCACCCUCUGACACUCCAAUAAAGGCGAUCAAAGGAAAUGUUAAAAGUAAGGAUGAUGCAGGGAGUAGCUCCAGCAAACUGCGAAUGAAGGGGUCUGCCUCAGUGACCGAAAUGUCCUCAAAAGCCGUUACGUCCCGACCCCCUGAUGUCCAAAGAGUAGACCCUGAGAUGAUGAGAAGAUACUCAAAUGCCCUGCAAAACAAGGUUUACACUCUGGAGAGGGAGUUGAAGGACAACUUGGAUGCCAUAAUGAAGGACAUAAACUAUGAAUAGAUGUCAGAUGCUGCUGAGUUCAGUGCUGACAAAGCAUCAGAAACGCCCCCGUCACCUCCUCUCUUCUGUCCCUGACAGCUGUCGAACCAAAAACUGAUGUGCUGCCAAAAAAUGUUCAGAAUUAAUGUGUUUUUCACAGUGAGAGCUGCCAUUUGUUUUCUUUGCUUUAGUUCUUGCAUUUUAACAUUACCAGCUCUUAAACAAGUUUAUUUGUUAAUUAAUAUUACUACAAGGGUGUUUUCAACAAGAUUAACACCUAGUUUAUUGGUUUAAAAAGUUGUAAGUGCCAGAGAGCACUGGUUAUAAUACACAAAAAGAUGUGCAGUGUUUAUGUAUUUCUUUUUUUGUGUCACUUCAGUAGAAAACGAAACCAAAUAUUAGUUUAU